AUGCGCGGAGAAGGCAGGUCAAGUCCUAUUGGUAUACGUCUUCGUUCGGGUACUUUCCUAAAAGACUUCAUUCGAGCAGCGAAUACUCCACUUCCUCCUAGUUCUACACCAAGUGAAUUUUCGGACUUGGACAAAGAGGAAGACAACACAAUGGGAGGUCGACCGCCUGCUCCGAGAACACUCAAAGAUCUCACUUGUCCAAACCUUGAUCAACAGCCUUUAUGUAUUCAGCUAAAUGGAACCAUUGAGUUGAAGCCAAAAUUGAUUCACUUGCUGCCCAAAUUCAGAGGUUUAGCGGGAGAAGAUCCUUAUCGUCACUUGCAACAAUUUCAUCAUGUUGUAACUAGUAUGAAGCAAGCAACCGCAGAUGCAGAUAUGGCUAUGAUGACAACAUUUCUUUUCUCCCUUGUAGAUACUGCAGGAGAAUGGUUCUUUUGUUUACCUCCUGGGAGUAUAACCACAUGGAACGGGAUGAAGAAAUUGUUCCUUGAGAAGUAUUUUCCAGCAUCAAAAGCAGCAGUGAUUCGCAAGGAAAUUUGUGGGUUGCUUUCUAAUGAGAAAAAAUUGAUUGAUGCCGCAAGUGGUGGUGAACUCACCAACAAGACCAUUGCUGAAGUUACAAGCUUGUUAGAGAACAUGGCUGCAAACACGCAACAAUUCUUCACUAGAGAUGAACCAAUGGUAAGGAAGGUGAAUGAAGUUAGCAAGUCUUCACAUUUGGAACAAAGGAUGGGUAACAUGGAGAAGAUGAUGCAUCAAAUAGCAGCAGCUGUCAUACCAUCAUCAUACACCGAAGAUGUUGAGCAAGCAAGUGCUAUAUACAAUCCCGGUUGGCGAGGUCAUCCCAAUUUCAGCUACGCCAACAAGCAAGUUGCAGUUUCUAAUCCUCCUUUCAAUCAACAAGGUGGGUACCAAUUCUUGCAAAGGCCGCAACAAGAAACUCAAGGCAUGAGUAUAACCGUGAGCAAAUUGGAAGCACAGGCAGCUGGAAAACUUCCUUUGCAACCGUUAAAUCAUAAGGAGAAUGUGAAUUCUAUUGAACUGAGAAGUGGAAAGCAAGUAGAGAAAUCGACAGCAUCACCGGUAUCCCAUGAAACUGAUUUAGAGAAAGAAGAGGGUGAAACAACCCCUAAAAAGGCUGAUUCGGUAACAAAUUCUAACUCUAAACCUCUUGUUUCUACUUAUGUUACUCCUCCACCUUUUCCCAGCAGGUUUUCAAAUACAAAAGAGGAGACGUUAUACAAAGAGAUGUGGGAGAUCUUCAAGAAGAUUGAAGUGAACAUUCCAUUAAUUGAGGAGAUAAGGCAGGUUCCUCGCUAUGCAAAGUUCUUGAAGGAAUUGUGCACCAACAAGCACAAAUUGACUGGUAAUGAGGUAAUGAAUGUGGGGGAGAGUGCUUCAGCAUAUCUUCAAAAGAAACUCCCACCUAAAUUGAAAGACCCAUGCAAUACCGGUAUUGUUAUUCAACUUGCGGAUAGAUCCAAUGUCUACCCAAAAGGGGUUGUUGAAAAUGUUUUGGUGCAGGUCAAUGAGCUUAUAUUUCCCGUGAACUUCUAUGUUCUUGAUAUGAGUGAUGAAAAUUCAUCCUCGUCUACACCUUUGUUGUUGGAUGGAGAUGUGAUGCUGCCAAGGGUUGCUGCUGAUGAAAAAGAUAUGAAACUGGACAUGGGUUUAGUUCGAAUUCCAGUAUGCAGGUCAAGAGCUGAGUUGGUAAUGGUGCAGUUACAGCUCAAAUGGAGGCAUGAAGCUACAGAUGUUGUUGGAAGUGGUAGAAGUGAUUGA